AUGGCUAAUAACUCGUCAAGCUAUGUUAACCUACUACAGAGUCAACUUCCAGUUGAUCUUGAUGCAGCCGAACCUUUAUGGUUAGGUAGCGAAGGUCCUGAUGAGGCUUAUGUGAUGUCUGGUAGCGAAGUGCCUGAAGCGUCUGGUGUGAAGUCAACUCCCCAACAAUCUGAGAGAAGGAAAUGGUCUCCCAAAGAGGAUAUAAUCCUCAUUGGAGCAUGGUUUAACACCAGUAAAGACCCGAUCGUGAGCAAUGAGCAGAAAGGUGGAGCAUUUUGGAAGCGGAUUGUGGAGUACUACAACGCAAACCCUAUCUUGGUUGGGACAAUACCGAGAGAGCUUGGUCCUUGCAAGCAGAGGUGGUCUCGGAUUAACGACCACGUUUCAAAGUUUUGUGGUUGCUAUGAUCGAGCUCUUCGGCAGCAAAGAAGUGGUCAGAAUGGUGACGAUGUGAUGAAGGCUGCUUUAGAUUCAUUCUUCACUAUUAUGAACUUAAGGUUCACCAUGGAUCACUGCUGGAGGGAGCUGAGGUAUGACCAGAAAUGGUGCUCCCUGGUUCAGGGUAAGCACACUGUUAAGGAGAAGCGCAAAUGUCUGAAUUGCUUUGAUGUCUUCUCUGUUUGGUUAAGGCUGAAGUUGGUCACGGGUGCACUGAAGGUUGGGCAAGUCACGGGUGCAUUAGGAGUAGUGCAAGUCACGGGUGCAUUAGGAGUAGUGCAAGUCACGGGUGCUUUGAAGUAG